AUGAACCACUAUAGGAAUUACUCUCUGCUGUGUGAAUGUCUGGAGGGGGGUGCAGAUCUUUACUUCAGUAUUUGUUAUGCAGCAGGCCUUGGGUCUGAGGAUGAGCUGCAGCUUAGUCUGCAUGCUUUAUUACCAAACUUCUUAAUUGCGAGGAAACCUCAGUCUCUGACCAGGAUGCCCUUGCCUCAGCUUAGUGAUGUAGUAGGAACCUCCACUUCAGCACCUCAUGGGGAUUUAGUUCUGGAGUUGUUGCCUCAGAAUACUGCUCCUAUGGAGGGUGUGGUUUCUGAGAGGGACUGGGACACUCUUACAUUGAGCACCUGGUUCCAGUGCCUGCUCUGA